AGAGCGGCCCUUGCCUCUCACCCUCACUCAACGUUCUGCCACCCGCCACCGUCUACCCUCACUCCCAAACUAGCCCAUACCCGCACGUCUCAGCUCUACCAUGCUUUCGCUUCUUGACCUAUCUACGCAAAUUCGCACCCUCAUCUGUCGCGAGGACGUACUGCACAGAAGAGACCUCGCCCGCCUCUCGCGCUCCUGCAAGGCAUGGCAUGAGGCCGCAAACCCCGUUCUGUGGUCAUAUAUAAGGUUGACGAACCUCCUGCGCCUCUUACCCGAGGGCGCCUUCAGUCGUGCACGCACGUCCUCAUCGGUCGCUCUGGACGCCUUGUCCGCAGAACACUGGGCGCCUCUCCUCAAGCUAUCUCCGCUCGUGAAACGCCUCCGCUUCAACAAGCUCUCGGACGAUUCCGUCAGAUCCCUCAUCGCUGACAGUCCUCCACCCACUACACUGUUUCCUAACCUCAUCACUCUCGAAUUCCGCGAUGCCCCUCCCAAAUAUGUAUAUGUCAACGAGCGCUCGGCGCGCGAAUUCUAUCGUGAGCGCUGCAUGUUUCUCGAAGCCAUCAUCCCGCCCCACGUCUCUAUUUCUACGCUCGACCUCGAGAACGUGUUCUUGGACGUCUUCGUUUAUCGAUCCAUCCCACUGAACGGGAACUCUCUUACUCGGCUUCGUGUCGAUGAAACCGUGGGAAGCACUUUCUACGAUGCAUACGGACCAAUUGGGCUGCGCGCCUUCAUCAGAGCCCUGUCGGACAUGCGUCACCUACUGGAAGUUGUACUGAGGCUCCCAUUCGACCGCGACCCAAUGCUUCUCGAAGCGCUGUCGCGUCUUCCGGCGCUGGAGUCACUCGACCUACGUCUUGGUUGCGCGGUGGUGAGAAGAGGACAUUGGACUAGGCAUGCUCCUGCUUACUCGGAGGGCGCCUUUCCCGCACUUCGUCGCCUGUAUCUGAACAACGGCCUGUCGUUCGUCGACGCCAUCGACAUCAUACAGUGCGCGCCCGUCACUCGCCGCCGGCCGCUGCAAACUCUCAAGGUCGUCUGCGCCGACGCCGAUCCGUCUUCGGCGCUCACCACGCUCACAGAAGUCAUGCGAAAGCACUGCUCGUACGAACAUCUCGAAGAAUUCACCGUCGACGAUUUCUUCGUCUCGUUCGAUUGGCCCUUGCUAUCCCAGCACAUCGCUCCCCUCACGGCUUUCUCUCGCCUCACAAAGCUGUACAUCUGCCCCCUGGGAGGCACGGAGCUGACGGACGACGACUGUCUGCAGAUGGCUCGGGCGUGGCCCAAUCUCCGCGAGCUCGAUAUCUUCAUGAACUGCGAGAUCUGCCCGAAGGAAGGCAUCGCGUGCACCCUGGCGUCUCUGGCGGCAUUUGCGGAGCACUGCCCGCAGAUACGCCACAUCAACAUGAACUUCACUGCGACCAACAUCCCAUACCGGACUACCCUCGUCGACGCCGGGGACAGGCGCGCCGACCCCGUCGAGAUUCCUCUGCAGGCGUGUGUGAACAUCACCAACGGGCGUGAUGUGGCUGAGUUCUUGGUCGACGUCUUCGACGGUAUGGCUCGGGUCAAUCUGGCCUACCCCGAGGAUUUCGAGGACCCUCGGAGUGAGGGCGCGACGGAGGAAUUCAGGCGAAGGGACGAUGAAUGGGAAGAAGUCCGGUCUCUGACCCUAGGAUGCCGCGAAGAGCCCAGUCUCCCGUAGGCGGCCAGCUUAAGCUCGGGUGGGAAUGUGAAGGGGAUUCGACGAUACCGGCUGCAAAGCAAAUCAUCAAGCUCGUAUCGUCUGGACAGGUGGAAGACGACAUCGGAUUACCCUUUGACGAGCUUUGCAGUACUUCGUUUAGGUGUAGUUACGGACUCGGACCAGAAUGUAUCUUCGAAAUUAUCGAUAUGCUCACUACGCCUGAAGUCGCGCGGCGGGUGUC